CGGAAGGAUUUUGUUAAUGGCGCUACCCAUCGUUUUGAGAUGAUGGAGGUGGAGGAAGCUGACGCUGAGAAACAUCCGUCCCCAGAAGAAUUCAUUGGUAUCGCAGAUUUCCCUGCCGGUGGAAGCGAUCAGCUCAGCUUUGCCACAGGAGACAGGCUGCUGGUGCAUGACAAGAGCUCACCUGAUUGGUGGUGGGCGGAGCUGCAAGGAAACUUCGGCUAUGUCCCAUCCAAUCACCUGCAGCGGUGCACACAGGAAGAGGAAGUGGAUGAGGCCUGGCAGGACGAGGAGUAUUUUGGCAAUUACGGAACUCUGAGGCUUCACCUGGAGAUGCUGGCAGACAGAGCGCGCACAGAAACGUACAGGCAGGUCAUCCUCAGCAACAGCGCCCCCCUCAGGGGGAAAGUGGUCAUGGACCUGGGGUGUGGAACCGGCAUCAUCAGCCUCUUCUGCGCCCGUCUGGCACAGCCUGCAGCGGUGUACGCGGUUGAGGCCAGCUCCAUGGCGGAACAGGCGCAGCAGCUGGUUCAGCAGAACGGGUGCGAGGGCGUGGUGUCGGUGCUCCGGGGCCGGGCGGAGGAGCUGCAGCUGCCGGGGAAGGUUGAUGUGCUGGUGUCAGAGUGGAUGGGAAACUGCCUGCUGUUUGAGUUUAUGGUGGAGUCGGUGCUGGUGGCGCGGGACCGCUGGCUGAAGCAGGGCGGGGUGAUGUGGCCCUCCUCCGCCUCCCUCACCCUGGUGCCCUGUCAGGCCCCGGAGGACUACAGCCAGAAAGUGGACUUCUGGACAGAUCCCUAUGGCCUGGACUUCAGCUGCCUUCGGCCCCUGGCCCUCACAGAGUUCUUUUCCAAGCCCAAAUUCAGCCACCAGAUCCGACCGGAGGACUGUCUGUCCUCGCCCUGUGACGUCCUCACCCUGGACAUGCACACGGUGCAAGUGCCCGAUUUGGAGAGGCUGAAGGGAGAGUUUAACUUCAGAGUGGAGAAGGCGGGGCCUCUUCACGGCUUUACAGCCUGGUUCAGCGUGCAGUUCCAGGGCCUACAGAAGGGCGGCGCUGUGGUGGAGUUAGACACCGGACCGCAUGCACCGCCCACCCACUGGAAGCAGACGCUGUUCAUGCUGGACACGCCCGUCUCUCUGCGGCCUGGGGACACCGUCUGUGGGACGCUGCUGCUCCACAGGAACCCAGUGUGGCGGCGUCACAUGACCAUCACCCUCCAAUGGAGCGUCAGCAGCCCAGGGGGCACAGCGCCCAGUGAGACUCAAAGGAAGAGUUUCCCAAUGUGGAGAUGACACCCCGCGGUUUGGAGGUACAGAGAACACCAGUGCCAACAUUCAUCCCCUGUCCCUGUCAGGAGUCUCAGGACGGCGACACAGGUGUGCCACACCCAGCGAUCUCUGAUUCUCCCCCCCGGCUGCUCCUCUCCUCAGAGCUGCGGGCCCACCGCCAGCCCGCUGACGCUUCCACUGAGGAAAGACAUUCUGACACAGCAGGAGCUGAGAAAUAAUCUUCUUUUAUUAUUAUUUUUAGAGAGCACCCUUGUACAGCAAAAACAUA